UGCCAAACCUAAAGGAGGGAAAAAAGCAAGAGGCAACAUUAUCUAGCUACAUAAAAUGUCAGCGGAAGAAACACAGAUUCGGAGGUUCGUUUCUGGACAACUCCGUGAGUGUCCUGACCUGAGGUAAACUCCCUUUUGCAAUUUCUUUAGACGAAAUCAUGCAUGGAAAUUCCUGCUAGCUUAUGGUAAAGUUGUAAAAUACCAUAACCGCUCGUGCGUGGUUGUUGGCUUGCAUGUGCCCCAGUAUGUUGACGACGAGUAUGCCGUGUCUCCUCUUUAACGCCCAGGGCCCGGUUUCCCAAAAACUAAGUUCAUCGUUAGAACCUUCUUAGGAGCAUUGUUAAGUCUCGAGCUGUCUCCCUAAACCAUCUAAAGUUGCACUUGAAAACGCUCAUUAAUUACCGACUGCCUCAGACCACUCGUAAAACAGCCAGUGCCUCGUCCACAACACCCAUAAGUACUUUUACAUUUACAUUUUAGUCAUUUAGUAGACGCUCUUAUCCAGAGCGACUUACAGUUAGUGAGUGCAUACAUCAUUUUUUAUACUGGCCCCCCCAUGGGAAUCGAACCCACAACCCUGGCGUUGCAAACGCCAUGCUCUACCAACUGAGCUACAUCCCUGCCGGCCAUUCCCUCCCCUACCCUGGACGACGCUGGGCCAAUUGUGCGCCGCCCCAUUCGUUUAGUGAUGCAGUUCGCGAACGAUUCGUUAUUUUUGAACGACUCUUUUUACUGACUCAAGAGUUAUGAUUCGUUUUUUUAAUGACUCGUUCAUAAAAGGCGAUGUAAGGUCAAUCAGAGGUCUGUAUUGGCCAUGCAGCAUUUACGGUGAUACGGCCUCUGCAGAAGUCAUAGCAUUCAUACUACACAGAGCACUUGUGAAGGAAGUUGUCUUCUUCUGUGGGUUUUAUGGCAGACUACAAUCGAAAAACCUUUAUUGCCGCCACCAACUGGACGGGUUGAAACCAAAACAAGGUAAAAAGAAAACCCAUACAUAAUAGGGAAACUAACAUAAUCCACCCAAAUAAAAAUAGUACAUUGACAAAACAAAACUCCCACUUCUUCCAAUUCUCCAUAUCUCCCUUCUCAGGCUCUAGGGACUGAGAGGGUGGUACGGUUUGUGACAAUAUUCCAUGUAACUCCUUCGCCAAUAAAUCUUUUAAGCCCCAGGAACCUCUCCGCCGCUUCCACAAUGAUUUCUAUCUUCCUGGACCUUCUCUCCACCUUGGCAGUGCCAUUAAUCACCAUAGCUAUAAAGGCCACGAAGUCCACCUUCUUAACCUUUAAAAUGUCAGGAUCCUGCUGGUGAAAGGCAACCCCUGAAGCCUGCAGUGAAGGCCUAUCCACCACCAUGGACUCUUCAAGUGCACCAUUCAAACCCUUAACCCAUUAACAGCUGCUGCAUAAGAAAUGCUCUGGAUAGCCCUGACUUUGGCCACCUCAUUCUCUUUCACCCUUGUCGGGCAUUCAAAAGACGUGGCUUCAUGGUUCCCACCACAAUUGCAACAUGUCACAUUUACAUCACUUUUAUAACACAUAACAUGGUAUUUUCCACAACUUGGACAUAUUGGCUUCUCCCUUCUGCAAACACUUGAAACAUGACCAAAAACUUUACAGUGAUCACACUGCAUUGGUCUUGGGAUAGAUGCUCUGACUCUGUAGUUAAUAUACCCUAACUGCACUUGAGUAGGGAGAGACUCAAUAUAAAAAUAAAAAAAAGAACAAACUCUUCACUUUUUCUUCAUUCACCACCCGAUUCAUCCGACCUGCAUCAAUCACUCCAGGAAUAUUUUUCAUCUCUUCAAAAUCUACUUCCCACGAGACUCCAAAGAUAACCCCCUUGAGGGGUGCCUUGUUCCUAAGAGACACGCAUGACACUUCACAAGACAUGUUUCUUCUGAUCCUCAGAAGCACAAAAAAUCAAAACCAGCCCACCUCUCGUGAUCCUCACAGCCUUCACUCUACCCAGCACACCACCAGUUUGGAUAUCUCAAAUGGAUUCCUCAAGAUUGGUAAUUCGAUCAGCUGCUCCUCAUUUACAAACCGUACUCCUACAAGAUACGAAGUGACAUUCUCAUCUACUUUUCUCAAUUUUCCAUUCUUUUGGACAAUAUUCUGAUUCUCCUUGAUUCUACCGCCAUUAGAUUCAGAAUCCACUUCAUCAUCCACUUCCGCCAUAUUUUUUCCGUCCGACAUCCUACACAUGAAAAACUUGUCCGGCCAAGUUUCCCUGAAACUAGAUCUUCCUGCUUCGAAGGACCUCCCGCCCCCACCUACCGCCAACCAAUCAUGUCAAUGCGGAGCUAUAUGGAGGCCUCCGCAUUGUUACAACAUUUGGGAGGCGCAUGGCGAUGCGGUACGGUGCUCAAUUUGGCCUCUGGACGUUACACAAUUACGUGGUCCUCUGUAGCUCAGCUGGUAGAGCACGGCGCUUGUAACGCCAGGGUAGUGGGUUCGAUCCCCGGGACCACCCAUACACAAAAAUGUAUGCACACAUGACUGUAAGUCGCUUUGGAUAAAAGUGUCUGCUAAAUGGCAUAUUAUUAUAUUAUAUUAUUGCGUCACACCCUCCAGAGCCUCCGACCACAUUUCAGAUCAAGCAUAAAUUGGCUUUUAGAUGUUAGUUCCACCUGCUAGUGCUGGCCGCAAUAUUGCUACCAUGCUGUUUGUCUUAGGUCUCUCUUUAUGUAGUGUUGUGGUGUCCCUCUUGUCGUGAUGUGUGUUCUUGUCCUAUAUAUUUGUUUUUUCUUCUCAUUUUUAAUUCCAGCCCCUUCCCUGCUGGAGGCCUUUUGCCUUUUGGUAGGCCGUCAUUGUAAAUAAGAAUUUGUUUUUAACUGACUUGCCUAGUUAAAUAAAGAUAAAUGACUAAAUGUAGCUAACAUUAGAUAGUAAAUUCAGAGAUUUUUCCUUUUGCCUCUAUACGGCAGUCUCGUCCAGAUCAUCAUGGCAUUGGUAAUUCUUUGAUAGCCACAUUAGCAGCUAAUUAGCGCUUAAUUUUGGGGGGUGUAAAUACAGGUGAAUAUAUUGAUAAAAGUGAACUUGUCCUAGAGAGAAUUACAUGGUUAUCAAAACGUCACGCCAGGAUAAGCCUACACGAAACACAGCUUUUAUUUUAAGUGGUUCUAAAAUCCCCUAUGAAAAAAUGAAUGGUGGUCCUCCUGAGUGGCACAGCGGUCUAAGGCACUGCAUCGCAGUGCUUGAGGCGUCACUACAAACCCGGGUUCGAUCCCAGGCUGUGUCGCAGCUGGCCGCGACCAGGAGACCCAUGACGUGGUGCACAAUUGGCCCAGCGUCGUCCAGGUUAGGGGAGGGUUUGGCCGGCCGGGAUGUCCUUGUCUCAUCGCGCUCUAGCGACUCAUUGUGGCGGGCCGGGCGCAUGCACACUGACCCGGUCGCCAAUUGUACGGUGUUUCCUCCGACACAUUGGUGUGGCUGGCUUCCGGGUUAAUCGAGCAGUGUGUCAAGAAGCAGUGUGGCUUGGCAGGGUCGUGUUUUUUUUAGGAUUCAUGGCUCUCAACCUUCACGUCUCCCGAGUCCGUAUGGGAGUUGCAGCGAUGGGACAAGACUGUAACUACCAAUUUGUACAGGAAAAAAAACAUGAAUGGUGGACAAACGAUUGGAACCAUUUCCUUGUUUGACCGCUAGGUUUAAUGAGUAUUAUGACUCAUAUUGUGGUACUCAGUCUGCCAUAUGUCUACCAGAUGCACAUGCGUUUUGCCAUAUGUUGUUUUUACCGGAUGUCUAGUCCGCAUUUUCCCUACUUGAUGCACAUGUGCUUCGCAAGGCAGCAGAACAGUUCGCAGCAUGGAGAAUACUAUUUUCGCCCUGUUCGAACAAAGCUAAUAAUUAGAACAAAUGGAAGAUAUUCUCCUAUCGACUGACCUACUGGUGUCAUAGGCUGGCAGAGCUACCAACAUACUGGCGUGCACAAGGGCGCAUUACAACAAUUUAAUCUAUUUUGUUUCUACAGUGCAUUCGGAAAGUAUUCAGACCCUUUGACUUUUUCCACAUUUUGUUAUCCUACAGCCUUAUUCUGAAAUGGAUUAAAAAAAAAAAAAUGUGCUCAUCAAUCUACACACAAUACCCCAUAAUGACAAAGCGAAAACAGGUUUUUAGGAAUCUUUGCUAAAUAAAAAACAUACCUUAUUUACAUAAGUAUUCAGAUCCUUUGUUAUGAGACUCGAAAUUGAGCUCUGGUGCAUCCUGUUUCCAUUGAUCAUCCUUGAGACGUUUCUACAACCUAAUUGGAGUCCACCUGUGGUAAACUCAAUUGAUUGGACAUGAUUUGGAAAGGCACACACCUGUCUGUAUAAGGUCCCACAGUUGACAGUGCAUGUCAGAGCAAGAACCAAGCCAUGUGGUCCUCUGUAGCUCAAUUGGUAGAGCAUGGCGCUUGUAACGCCAGGGUAGUGGGUUCGAUCCCCGGGACCACCCAUACGUAAAAACGUAUGCACACAUGACUGUAAGUCGCUUUGGAUAAAAGCGUCUGCUAAAUGGCAUAUUAUUAUUAUUAUUAUUAUUAUGAGGUCGAAGGAAUUGUCCAGAGAGCUCCGAGACAGGAUUGUAUCGAGGCACAGAUCUGGGGAGGUACCAAAAAAUGUCUGCAGCAUUGAAUGUCCCCAAGAACACAGUGGCCUCCAUCAUUCUUAAAUGGAAGAAGUUUGGAACCACCAAGACUCUUCCUAGAGCUGGCCACCUGGCCAAACUGAGCAAUCGGAGGAGAAGGUCCUUGGUCAUGGAGGUGACCAAGAACCCGAUGGUCACUCUGACAGAGCUCCAGAGUUCCUCUGUGGAGAUGGGAGAACCUUCCAGAAGGACAACCAUCUCUGCAGCACUCCACCAAUCAGGCCUUUAUUCUAGUAGCCAGACGGAAGCCACUCCUCAGUAAAAGGUACAUGACAGCCCGCUUGGAGUUUGCCAAAAGGCACCUAAAGGACUCUCAGACCAUGAGAAACAAUUUUCUCUGGUCUGAUGAAAUCAAGUUUGAACUCUUAGGCCUGAAUGCGAAGCGUCACGUCUGGAGGAAACCAGGCACCGCUCAUCAAUCCCUACGGUGAAGCAUGGUGGUGGCAGCAUCAUGCUGUGGGGAUGUUUUUUCAGCGGCAGGGACUGGGAGACUAGUCAGGAUUGAGGGAAAGAUGAACGGAGCGAAGUACAGAGAGAUCCUUUAUGAAAAUCUGCUCCAGAGCACUCAGGACCUCAGACUGGGGCCAAGGUUCACCUUACAACAGGACAACGACCCUAAGCACACAGCCAAGACAACGCAGGAGUGACUUCGGGACAAGUCUCUCAAUGUCCUUGAGUGGCCCAGCCAGACCCCGGACUUGAACUCGAUCGAACAUCUCUGGAGAGACCUGAAAAUAGCUGUGCAGCGACGCUCCCCAUCUAACCUAACAGAGCUUGAGAGGAUCUGCAGAGAAGAAUGGGAGAAACUGCCCAAAUACAGGGGCGCCAAGCUUGUAGCGUCAUACUCAAGGCUGUAAUCGUUGCCAAAGGUGCUUCAACAAAGUACUGAGUAAAGGGUCUGAAUACUUAUGUAAAUGUACUUUGUUGUUAUGGGGUGUUGUGUGUAGAUUGAUGAGGGGAAAAAACUAUUUAAUCAAUUUUCGAAUAAGGCUGUAACUAAACAAAAUUUGGGAAAAGUGAAGGGGUCUGAAUACGUUCUGAAUGCACUAUAUAUCAGAAGUGGCAGGGCUGCUGAUUUUAAGGCUUUUACACUGGUGAGUUCCAACUUCCCAGGGAUACUUUUUACAACCUCUGCAAAUACCAAAGUUGCCAAUAAAGUACUAUGUACUGUACCCACAUCAUAUUCGUUUUGGGUAAGAUUAUUCUUGAAACAUUCCAAAGAAUAUACCAUACUGUCAGUUUCCAUUCUCUGUUUCAUUCAAAAUGUAUGUGUAUUUAUUUUCUUUAUUUUUUCUGUCUCCUAGCACAUUGACUCUUGCCAUCUUAAGAGGGCGGUAUUUGGCAUCUGUUGGCCGGGACUCACUAAGCCAGGAGGACAGACAGUUGAUGAAGAGAGUGGUAGAGGAGGAACUGAUGAGGAUGCAGGUAAAGAUGUUCGUGAGUUGAUAUGAUUUUGUCAAUCAAUACAUCUCCCUCAGACCUGGAUCAAGUACUUUAAUUGCACUCAAUUUAGUUUGCCCAGUACAAUGGAACCAAUUGAAUAGUCUCAAAAGUGCAAACCCUCAACCUAAAUCAAGCAGACUGCAAGUACUUUCAUGUGUAGGCUAUGUCUGUAUGUAUUUGUAAGUAAAGAUUUUGACAUGUAUUUGACCCAGAACUGCUGUCCUACCAUUUUUCACAGUUUGAUGCCCCAUAACUUUUGAUAAAAUACUUCCUUUCUCCAUUGAUUACACACAGAUCUGAAGUUAUUAGGUGAAAAGAUCUUGGGUGGUCAGGAGUGUGAAUUUUAAAGUACAGUUCUUAAAUACACUGAAUAAAAAUCUAAACACAACAUGUAAAGUGUUGGUCCCAUGUUUCAUGAGCUGAAAAAAAGAUCCCAGAAAUUUUCCAGACUCACAAAAAGCUUAUUUCUCACAUUUUGUGCACAAAUGUCUUUACAUUCCUGUUAGUGAGCAUUCCUCCUUUGCCAAGAUAAUCCAUCCACCUGACAGGUGUGGCAUAUCAAGAAGCUGAUUAAACAGCAUGAUCAUUACAGAGGUGCACCUUGUGCUGGGGACAAUAAAAGGCCACUCUAAAAUGUGCAGUUUUGUCACACAACACAAUGCCACAGAUGUCUCAAGUUUUGAGGGAGUGUGCAAUUGGCAUGCUGACAUUUCUCUACCAUAAACUGCCUCCAACAUCUUUUUGGAGAAUUUGGCAGUACGUCCAACCAGCCUCACAACCGCAGACCAUGUGUAACCAUGAAAGCCCAGGACCUCCACAUCCGGCUUCUUCACCCGGACAGCUGAUGAAACUGUGGGUUUGCACAACUGAAGAAUUUCUUCACAAACUCUCAGAAGCUCAUCUGCGUCCUCGUCGUCUCACCAGGGUCUUGACCUGACUGCAGUUUGUCGUCGUAACUGACUUCAGUGGGCAAAUGCUCACCUUCGAUGACCAUUGGCACGCUGGAGAAGUGUGCUCUUCAUGGAUGAAUACCGGUUUCAACUUUACCUGGCAGAUGGCAGACAGCGUGUAAAGCGUCGUUUGGGCGUCUGAUGUCAACGUUGUGAACCGAGUACUCCAUGGUAGGGUUAUGGUAUGGGCAGGCAUAAACUAUGGACAACGAACACAAUUGCAUUUUGUCGAUGGCAAUUUUAAUGCGUUGUCGUGCCAUUCAUCCGCCUCCAUCACUUCAUGUUUCAGCACGAUAAUACACGGCCCCAUGUCACAAGGAUCUGUACACAAUUCCUGGAAGCUGAAAAUGUCCCAGUUCUUCCAUGGCUUGCAUACUCACCAGACAUGUCACCCAUUGAGCAUGUUUGGGAUGCUCUGGAUCGACGUGUACGACAGCGUGUUCCAGUUCCCGCCAAUAUCCAGCAACUUCCCACAGCCAUUGAAGAGGAGUGGGACAACAUUCCACAGGCCACAAUCAACAGCCUGAUCAACUCUAUGCAAAGGAGAUGUGUCGCGCUGCAUGAGGCAAAUGGUGGUCACACCAGACUGACUGGUUUGUUGAUCCAUGCCCCUAGAUUUUUUUUAUAUAUAUAUUUUUUUAGGUAUCUGUGACCAACAGAUGCAUGUCUGUAUUCCCAGCCAUGUGAAAUCCAUAGAUUAGGGCCUAAUGAAUGUACAGUGCAUUCGGAAAAUAUUCAGACCCUUUGACUUUUUCCACAAUUUGUUACAUUACAGCCAUAUUCUAAAAUGGAUUAAGUAGUUUUUCCCCCCCCUCCUCAAUCUACACGCACUAUCCCAUAUUGACAAAGCAAAAACUGGUUUUUAGAAAUGUUAGUAAAAAAUGUUUACUGAAAGAACACAUUUACAUAAGAAUUCAAACCCUUUGCUCAGUACUUUGUUGAAGCACCUUUGGCAGCGAUUACAGCCUAGUCUUCUUGGGUAUGACGCUACAAGCUUGGCACACCUGUAUUUGGGGAGUUUCUCCCAUUCUUCUCUGCAGACGCUCUUAUGCUCUGUCAGGUUGGAUGGGGAGCGUCGCUGCACAGCUAUUUUCAGGUCUCUCCCGAUGUGUUCAAUCGGAUUCAUGUCCGGGCUCUGGCUGGGCCACUCAAGGACAUUCAGAGACUUGUCCCGAAGCCACUCCUGCGCUGUCUUGGCUGUGUGCUUAGGGUCAUUGUCCUGUUGGAAGGUGAACCUUCGCCCCAUUCUGAGGUCCUGAGCGCUCUGGAGCAGGUUUUCAUCAAGGAUCUCUCUGUACUUUGCUCUGUUAAUCUUUCCCUUGAUCCUGACUAGUCUCCCAGUCCCUGCCCCUGAAAAACAUUCCCACAGCAUCAUGCUGCCACCACCAUGCUUCACCGUAGGGAUGGUGGCAGUUUUCCUCCAGACGUGACACUUGGCAUUCAGGCCUACGAGUUCAAUUUUGGUUUCAUCAGACCAGAGAAUCUUGUUUCUCAUGGUCUGAGAGUCUUUAGGUGGCUUUUGGCAAUCUCCAAGUGGGCUGUCGUGCCUUUUACUGAGGAGUGGCUUCCGCCUGGCCACUCUACCAUAAAGGCCUGAUUGCUGGAGGGCUGCAGAGAUGGUUGUCCUUCUGGAAGGUUCUCCCAUCUCCACAGAGGAACUCUGGAGCUCUGUCAGAGUGACCAUCGGGUUCUUGGUCACCUCCCUGACCAAGGCCCUUCUCCCCCGAUUGCUCCGUUUGGCCAGGUGGCCAGCUCUAGGAAGAGUCUUGGUGGUUCCAAACUUCUUCCAUUUAAGAAUGAUGGAGGCCACUGUGUUCUUGGGGACCUUCAAUGCUGCAGACAUUUUUUGGUACCCUUCCCCAGAUCUGUGCCUUGACACAAUCCUUUCUGAGGUCUAUGGACAAUUCCUUCGACCUCAUGGCUUGGUUUUUGCUCUGACAUGCACUGUCAACUGUGGGAGUUUAUAUAGACAGGUGUGUGCCUUCCCAAAUAAUGUCCAAUCAAUUUAAUUUACCACAGGUGGACUCCAAUCAAGUUGUUCAAACAUCUCAAGGAUGAUCAAUGAAACAGGAUGCACCUGAGCUCAAUUUCAAGUCUCAUAGCAAAGGGUCUGAAUACAUUUGUAAAUAAGGUAUUUCAGUUUUUUAUUUUUAAUAAAUGUGCAAACAUUUCUAAACCAGUUUUUGCUUUGUCUUUAUGGGGUAUUGUGUGUAGAUUGAGGAAAAAAAUUAAUUUAAUCCAUUUUAGAAUAAGGCUGUAAUGUAACAAAAUGUGGAAAAAGUCAAGGGGUCUGAAAACUUUCACUGUAUUUCAAUUGACUGAUUUCCUUAUGAACUGUAACUCAGUAAAAUAUUUCUAAUUGUUGUGUUUUAUAUUUUAGUUCAGUGUAGUUUACUUCGGAUGAGAACUCGCUACAGUUUUCCAGUCCCAAUUAAAUUACAUUCAUUUUCAUUGCUCCUGGUAUGUGCAUGGUCCGUUUCGGUGCAUGCUGUCACGACAGUCCUGAGCUGUUGCAUUUUUCAGGAGUUCUCGAUUGGAGCUGGUCUCGAUUGUAAUCUGACCUGGGACCUCUGCCCCUCUCUCAGGACAGUGACAGUAGUGACGAUGAAGCCAUUCUCGACGUUACCCCGAUGCCUCGCCACAACAAGCGGAACAGGGGUGAGGAGAAAGGAGGCAGGACCAAAGCAGAAGAAUCCAAGGCAAAGCGAUCUAGACUUCAUUCGGCCCAAUCGGGUAAUUUCCAAUAGUAGUGGCUCUUGGGUAAAAUUCUCCUCACUCUAAACGGCACAGAAAUAGUCCGUAGUACUAUUUAUUGAUUUCUAUAUACACUGUGUGCACAAUUAUUAGGCAAGUUGUAUGUUUGAGGAUUAAUUUGAUUUUUGAACAACUGCAGUGCUCUCGGUCAAUCCAAAAUGUUAAUAAACCUCAAACCUGAAUAUUUAAUAAAGUAAAAGUGAGGUUUUGGCUUUCUUUGGAGAAUAUCUAUGUGUGCAGAAUUAUUGGGCAAUUAUUAGUGUGCAGAAUUAUUAUGCAACAAAAUGAAAAACGAAAAGGUCCCCAUCUCACUCGUUUAUUUUCAUCUGUUAAAGUGAGAAUAAUAAACAAACAACUCAAUGUACAAAUAAACAUUUCUGACAUUUCAAAUAAAAAUCAGUGACCAAUAUAGCCACCCUUCUUUUCAAUAUCAGUCAUAAGCCUUCCAUCCAUGGAGUAUGUCAGUUUCUUGAUCUGUUGACGAUCAACCUUUUGUGCAGCAGCAACCACAGCCUCCCAGACACUGGUCAGAGAGGGGUACUGUUUUCCUUCACCGUAAAUUGACCGUUUAAGAAGUGACCACAAGUUCUCAAUAGGGUUUAGGUCAGGAGAGGAAGGGGGCCAUGUCAUUAUUCUUUCAUCUUUAAGGCCUUUACUGGCUAGCCACGCAGUGGAGUACUUCGAUGCAUGUGAUGGAGCAUUGUUCUGCAUAAAAAUCAUGGUCUUCUUGAAAGAUGCAGACUUUUUCCUGUACCACUGCUUGAAGAAAGUGUCUUCUAAAAACUGGCAGUAGGUUUGGGAGUUGAGUUUGAGUGCAUCUUCAACCCGAAAAGGUCCAACUUGCUCAUCUUUAAUAAUACCAGCCCAUACCAGUACCCCACCUCCACCUUGCUUGCGUCUGAGUCGAAGUGGAGCUCCAUGCCCGUUACUGAUCCAGCCACGGGCCCAUCCAUCUGGUCCGUCAAGUGUCACGCUCAUCUCAUCAGUCCAUAAAACCUUUGAAAAAUCUGUCUUCAGAUAUUUCUUGGCCCAGUCUUGACGUUUCAAUGUAUGUGUCUUGUUCAGUGGUGGUCGGGUUUCAGCCUUCCUUACCUUGGCCAUGUCUCUGAGCACUGAACACCUUGUACUUCUGGGCACUCCAGAUAGGUUGCAGUUCUGGAAUAUGACAGCACUGGAGGAUAAUUGGUUCCUGGUAGCUUCACGUUUGAUUCUUCAGUUAAUUUGAGUCUUUUUAUCUGAACACGGUUCUUGCGACCCUGUUGACUAUUUGCAACAAAACGUUUGAUGGUUCUGUGAUCACGCCCCAAUAUCUUAGCAAUUUCAAGAGUGCUGCAUCCCUCUGAAAUACUUUUUUAAAAUGUUUGACUUUUCAGAGUCAGUUAAAUCUAUUUUUUGGCCAAUUUUGCCUGAGGAAAAUAAGCUGCCUAAUAAUUAUACACACCUUGAUAUAGGGUGUUGAUCUCCUUAGGCCACACCCUCCCUCAUUACACAAAUACACAUCACCUGAUAUGCUUAAAUCCAAUAAGCAUUCCAGUUUAUACAGCUUGGAGUUGGGAAAUAUGCAUAAUAAUGAUGAUAUGGUCAAAAUACUGACUUGCCUAAUAAUUGUGCACACAGUGUAUAUUAAACUUUUUGUUUAAGAUGUCUGUGAAAAGCUAUAUUAUUCAUUAACCUGAGUGAAAAUAUGUUGCGAAUUGUCCACAACUCAACAUAUAUUAUGUGUGCAGUCCCAUCUAUGUUUUUAAUUAUAGCGGUGCAAAGAAAAUGCUGCCCUUUGUCAUAGUGAAAGCCCACAGUGUGUGCUGCAGUUCAUAUUGCUGGUCAAACAUUAACUUGAGACACACAUUGCCUAUUAUGAACCUAUUAUGAAGUCUUGAGCCUCAUCCCAUGAUUUGUUUUAAAGAAUUAAGACUUACCAUAUAAUAAAUUGUGAUGGCCACUGUAUUUGAAGCAAUAUUUUCUCCAAAUCUAAUUUAGCGAUUGAUUAAAAAAAAUCUCUUUCAAACAAUUUAAGAUUCCCCAGAUUCUGGAAUAGAGAGAGUGGGAAAUGGAGAAGGGCAGAGAGAGGAAGAAGAGGAGGAGAAGGACAUGGGAAGUGAUGUAGAGGAUGAUCAAGUUUCCCAAACCGGCACCAAGAAGAAAAGGGGGGGACACAAAGGAGUACACAAUGGUGGGGAGACGGAAAUUAGCUCAGAGAGUGAGGUUGAGAUCAAAACGGUGAAUCGGAGGAAGAGAGAACAAGACUCUGAUGAAGUUGAGGAGAACAAAAAGAAGAAACAAGGGGAUGAAACCAACAAACAGGAAAAGGACAAAGUCAAUUCAGACAGGGACUCUGAAGAGGAUAAAAAACAGAAAAGGAAACGAAGAAUGGGAGGAAAAAAUGUGGAUGUGAAAGUGCAGAGCAAGGGUUCAAAAGGGACCAGAAGGAGGGAGAGUGGAAAUGAGGAAAAGAAGGGAAAACCAUUGCGGAGAAGAGAGAGAGUGCAGGUUGUUGGGAGUGACUCGGAGCGCAUUGGAGAGGCCAAAGUAAUGGAACAGAACAGGGUAGAAAGACAAAGAAAUGACGACGACUCCAGGUCAGAGAGUGAGGGAGAAAAUAAUGCAUCUUCAGAGGAAGCCAGCGGGGGAGAGGGUGAGUUAUGAACUUUGUGUGUUCAUGUGCAUGCAUAAUGUAUCCUAGGAAAGGCCCAAACAUAGCGAAAAAUCCAGGGAUAGGAUACCAUUACGUAGCCCUAAUGACAAGGGUUAAAGUAAUGUAAUAUUUCCCCCUCCCUAAAGUUUUUUUCCCCCCCUCCUUCUCAGAGGAAACCGAGGAAGUGAUGGCUAAGACGAAGGAUGAGCCAGCCCAGGACUCCGACUCUGGCUCAUCCCUCCCAGCAUUGGAGGACGAAAAGGAAAGUGAGGACGUCAGGCCAGAACAGGUGAAAAAGAGGAAGCCUGUGGCGAAGCAGCCAAUAAAGGACGAGGGCAGUGAGCGUGCAUCCAAAGGAGGAAAGGUGAGGCCAGCGGCUGUUUCUAUGCCAAUUCAAGCACACAGUAGGCACAUGGGUAGUUGCCAACACAUUUUCACAUUCGCAUUGUACGCCGCAUCAGACCUGGUUCAAAUACUCAAGUAGAUCUGAAGGUAUUGGAUCAAUAUAAUACGCAGUAUGGUGAAAAUUGCGAGCCAAAGGCAAGGUGGAGCUACUACUGUAUUGCCCAUGCGUCGCCAAAUCCCUUCUGAUCUAUUCAAAGUGUUGCCUGGAAACCCGACGUUGAAUUGCAUAGACUUCUACGUUGGGCAGAAAUUCGCGUUUUGAAUCAGGAAAGUUUCCCAUCACGACCUCUACACGACAAUGUUAAAUACAAUUUUAUUUGUAAUUGUACUUUCCUGUGGAUAUAUUGUCUCGCAUUCCUACCACCAAAAGGACCAACCGCACGGACAACUGGUAAAGUAUGUUAAAAUAUAAUUUUAUUCAACAUUCUGGUUUGUAGAGGUUGUGAGAGGAAACUUUCCUGAUUUUAAACGCUCAUUUCUGCCUGACGUACAAUGCAAUGUCUGGUUUCCAGGCAAUACAAAGUGUAGAGGCAAGGGGCUCUUCCUGGACUCUGCCUUAGCCUAAUCCUGGAAAUAUGUGCUCCAUCCAUGUAACAUGAAGGACGACGAGGCGAAGGCGGUGACCAGGCUGAGGCGUUACAUCGCCCUCUGUGGUGUGAGACGGAACUACAAGAAGCUCCUGGAUGGCUGCCACUCCAUCAAGUCAAAGGUGGCUGUGCUGAAGAGGGAGCUUGAAGAACUGGGUGUCAAAGGUAAUUGGAGGGGCAGGGGUGAUGAAUUCUAAUUCUCUCAUUUGGUCCGUAUGCCCUCGCUCACUCCACCAAAUUGAAAAUAUUUCAAAGGACUGGAUAGAUUGUACACAUUAGCGCCAUGUAGCCUAUAGAUUGGUUAAAGGGCGAAUCCACUAUAUUGUUUACACCCAUCUGAUGCUUUUAAAGUCCUGUUUAUACCUGGCGCUAACAGGUGUCCUUUGUCCUGAUCUUGUCGACAUUCUGAUUGUGCCCACAUUUUCAUACACAUGGUAUAAAAAUAUCUGUCCACUGUGCCCGCAUUUUGACCAGAUUUCCAGGUCCUUGCCUGUAUGCAUAAUUAUUUUAAUAAUAUGAAUGUAUUUAUUUUAAGACUCUUAUUGAUGCCAUAAGUCAAUGGUGCCACCUGUCAAUGAUUUAGAGGGUGGGAUAAUGAUGAUUUAAAAUGGUUUCACUGUCCAGAUGUGUCUACACUGGUAAGUUAUCCAGACACGAUGCAUGCCUGACUACCUCUGAAGGUGAUCAGGAUGAUCUGAUCACAAUGAGUCUUUUAAUCGUCUACACCUGUAUACAAAUUUGGGGACAAUCAGAAUGUGGACAAGAUUAGUACAAAGGACACAUUUGCACCAGGUAUAAAAGGGGCUUAUAUCCAUGAGGUGGAGUGAGCCAUGGUGGAAUCGCUGGACAGUGGAAAACUUGCUGGGAACUAAUGGCUUCUGUCUCUCCCCUCAGGCCAGCCUUCUAUAGAGAAGUGUAGGAAUGCCAGACUUGAGAGAGAGGAGGCUCAGGAGUUGGCAGACCUAGAUGUCAGCAACAUCAUAACCACACAAGGUGACAUUUUCGCCCACUCCUAAAUCAACUGCUUGCCUCUAGAUCUUAGCUGAUUGCAUACCUGACCAUGAACUCUGAUUGGCAAGGUGGAUGUUUUUCUGUUCAAUUGCUUUAAUAAUCUUAUCCAAUCCUCUCAAUCUUUGUUUAAACUUUUGGUACAAGGAAUAAGUGUUAGAGCACAAACUGUAGAUCUGAACUCAAACUGUAGAUCAAAUGGACAAUAAAGUAAAUAAAGUUAGAAUGGUUGUAAAAAAUAAACCUAAGUAGCAAUAAACAGGGUGUCCGCGGGUCCUUAGUCUUAAGUUCAUUUAUCUGAUUUUUAAAGGCCUUAAUAAGUCUUAAUGUAAUAUAUUCCGUUUUCAAAGGUCUUCGUACAUGCGAUGGAGAUGACUACAUUGUUUCCUUUAUAUUGUGCCACUGCUUAAUUGUUGCCACCAUGCCUAUUAAUUUUUUUACAUCAAAUAAUACUUGAGGCGCACUUUCAAGACGUUCGAGAGCCCUCCGCAUGUGCACCUCUGCGUGUGCACAUAAUGUGUGUGUGCGAGUAGAGCGAAGAGAACAAGGUAGCCUAUACAAUUUGAUAGACCACAACAUUAACUAGAGUUGUCCUCUUACCGAAUACAUUUUGCUUACGUCGGUGAUUAUGCUACACAACGUUCCUGCAGAUUUUUUUGGGUUCUAAAACCAUUCUUUUGUCAACAGUAAGGUGCAUUAACUUGCUUCCUGCAAUGAAAUGAUCUGCCCUGUCCCUAUUUCGCAUCUGGCUCUCACUCCCGCUCCCCCUUUGCACGCAGAGUAAAGGGAGAGCUGCAUUCUGAUAAGCGCAACAGUUGAACAACAUUUGAAAAUGUAAUUGCGGGAAAUAGUUUUUUAAACAACGACUGUUACUAUUAAAGAGGAGAGUGUGAGUAUAGCAUUCAUUAUUUCUCAACUGUAAAUAUAGAGGAAGUUACACCACUUUACCAACUGAGUGUGUAAUUGAGAUAGGGCUGACACCAUUUAGUCAACUGGUCGACUGUUUGGUCGAUAGGCUGUUGGUCGACCGAGAUUUCUUAAGUCGAGCAGUUGCAAAAAAUAAUAAAUAUAAAUUCAGCAAAAAAAGAAACGUCCCUUUUUGGAACGGUCGUUAAGACACUAACAGCUUACAGACGGUAGGCAAUUAAGGUCACAGUUAUGAAAACUUAGGACACUAAAGAGGCCUUUCUACUGACUCUGAAAAACACCAAGGUCCCUGCUCAUCUGCGUGAACGUGCCUUAGGCAUGUGCAAGGAGGCAUGAGGACUUCAGAUGUGGCCAGGGCAAUAAAUUGCAAUGUCCAUACUGUGAGACGCCUAAGACAGCGCUACAGGGAGACAGGACGGACAGCUGAUCAUCCUCGCAGUGGCAGACCACGUGAAACAACACCUGCACAGGAUUGGUACAUCUCAAAUGACUGCCUCGCCUGGUUCACCAACUACUUCUCAGAUAGAGUUCAAUGUGUUAAAUAGGAGGGCCUGUUGUCUGGACCUAUGGCAGUCUAUGGGGGUGCCAUAGGGUUCAAUUCUCGGGCUGACUCUAUUCUCUGUGUAUAUCAAUGAUGUCGCUCUUGCUGCUGGUGACUCUCAGAUCCACCUCUAUGCAGACGACACCAUUUUGUAUACAUCUGGCCCUUCAUUGGACACUGUUAACAAACCUCCAAACUAGCUUCAAUGCCAUAAAACACUCCUUCCGUAGCCUCCAACUGCUCUUAAACACUAGUAAAACUAAAUGCAUGCUCUUCAAUCGAACACUGCUGGCACCCGCCCGCCCGACUAGAAUCGUUUCUCUCGGCGGGUCUGACCUAGAGUAUGUGGACAACUACAAAUACCUAGGUGUCUGGUUAGACUGUAAACUAUCCUUUCAGACUCACAUUAAGCAUCUCCAAUCCAAAGUUAAAUCUAGAAUCGGCUUCCUAUUUCGCAACAAAGCCUCCUUCACUCAUGCUGCCAAACAUGCCCUCGUUAAACUGACUAGCCUUCUGAUCCUUGACUUCGGCGAUGUCAUUUACAAAAUAGCCUCCAACACUCUACUCAGCAAAUUGGAUGUAGUCUAUCACAGUGCCAUCCGUUUUGUCACCAAAGUCCCAUAUACUACCCACCACUGUGAACUGUACGCUCUUGUUGGCUGGUCCUCACUACAUAUUCGUCACCAAACCCACUGGCUCCAGGUCAUCUAUAAAUCACUGCUAGGCAAAUCCCCGCCUUAUCUUAGCUCAUUGGUCACCAUAGCAACACCCACCCGUAGUAUACGCUCCAGCAGGUAUAUCUCACUGGUCAUCCCCAAAGCCAACACAUUUACAUUACAUUUACGUCAUUUAGCAGACGCUCUUAUCCAGAGCGACUUACAGUUAGUGAAUAUAUAUAUAUAUAUAUAAAAUUUAUUUUAUUUAUUUUCACCUCCUUUGGCCGUCAUUCCUUCCAGUUCUCUGCUGCCAAUGACUGGAACGAACUGCAAAAAUCUCUGAAGCUGGAGACCCUUAUCUCCCUCACUAACUUUAUUCAUCAGUUGUCAGAGCACCUUACCGAUCACUGCACCUGUACACAGCCCAUCUGAAAUUAGCCCACCCAAAUACCUCAUCCCCAUAUUGUUAUUUAUUUUGCUCAUUUGCACCCCAGUAUCUCUAUUUGCACAUCCAUCUCUUGCACAUCUAUCAUUCCAGUGUUAAUACUAAAUUGUAAUUAUUUUGCACUAUGGCCUAUUUAUUGCCUUACCUCCAUAACUUGCUACAUUUGCACACACUGUAUAUAUAUUUUCUGUUGUAUUUCUGACUUUGUUUUGUUUACCCCAUAUGUAACUCUGUGUUGUUUUUUAUCGCACUGCUUUGCUUUAUCUUGGCCAGGUCGCAGUUGUAAAUGAGAACUUGUUCUCAACUGGCUUACCUGGUUAAAUAAAGGUAAAAUAAAAUAAAUAAACACCUGCGGGACAGGUACGGGAUGGCAACAACAACUGCCUGAGUUACACCAGGAACGCACAAUCCCUCCAUCAGUGCUCAGACUGUCCGCAAUAGGCUGAGAGAGGCUGGACUGAGGGCUUGUAGGCCUGUUGUAAGGCAGGUCCUGACCAGACAUCACCGGCAACAACGUCGCCUAUGGGCACAAACACACUGUCACUGGACCAGACAGGACUGGCCAAAAGUGCUCUUCACUGACGAGUCGCGGUUUUGUCUCACCAGGGGUGAUGGUUGGAUUCGCGUUUAUCGUCGAAGGAAUGAGCGUUACACCGAGGCCUGUACUCUGGAGCGGGAUCGAUUUGGAGGUGGAGGGUCCGUCAUGGUCUGGGGCGUUGUGUCACAGCAUCAUCGGACUGAGUUUGUUGUCAUUGCAGGCAAUCUCAACGCAGUGCGUUACAGGGAAGAUAUCCUCCUCCCUCAUGUGGUACCCUUCCUGCAGGCUCAUCCUGACAUGACCCUCCAGCAUGACAAUGCCACCAGCCAUACUGCUGGUUCUGUGCGUGAUUUCCUGCAAGACAGGAAUGUCAGUGUCCUGCCAUGGCCAGCGAAGAGCCUGGAUCUCAAUCCCAUUGAGCACGUCUGGGAUCUGUUGGAUCGGAGGGUGAGGGCUAGGGCCAUUCCCCCCUAGAAAUGUCUGGGAACUUGCAGGUGCAUUGGUGGAAGAGUGGGGUAACAUCUCACAGCAAGAACUUGCAAGUCUGGUGCAGUCCAUGAGGAGGAGAUGCACUGCAGUACUUAAUACAGCUGGUGGCCACACCAGAUACUGACUGUUACUUUAGAUUUUGACCCCUCCUUUGUUCAGGGACACAUUAUUCAAUAUCUGUUAGUCACGUCUGUGGAACUUGUUCAGUUAAUGUCUCAGUUGUUGAAUCUUGUUAUGUUCAUACAAAUAUUUACACAUGUUAAGUUUGCUGAAAAUAAACGCAGUUGACAGUGAGAGGACGUUUCUUUAUUUGCUGUGGGUGUGUGUGUAUUUAUAUAAUGCGCUGUCUUAGGCGUCUCACAGUACGGACAUUGCAAUUUAUUGCCCUGGCCACAUCUGCAGUCCUCAUGCCUCCUUGCAGCAUGCCUAAGGCACGUUCAUGCAGAUGAGCAGGAACCCUGGGCAUCUUUCUUUUGGUGUUUGUCAGAGUCAGUUGAAAGGCCUCUUUAGUGUCUUAAGUUUUCAUAACUUCGACCUUAAUUGCCUACCGUCUGUAAGCUGUUAGUGUCUUAACGACCGUGCCACAGCUGCAUAUUCAUUAAUUGUUUAUGGUUCAUUGAACAUGCAUGGGAAACAGUGUUUAAACCCUUUACAAUGAAGAUCUGUGAAGUUAUUUGGAUUUUUACUAAUUAUCUUUGAAAGACAGGGUCCUGAAAAAGGGAAGUUUCUUUUUUUUAUGAGUUUAUGUAUAUUCUUAAUUCCAUUCCUUACAUAGAUUUGUGUGUAUUGGGUAUAUGUUGUGAAAUUGUUAGAUAUUACUUGUUAGAUAUUACUGCACAGUCGGAGCUAGAAGCACAAGCAUUUCGCUACACCCGCAAUAACAUCUGCUAAACACGUGUAUGUUACAAAUAACAUUUGAUUUGAUUUGAACAGUGCUCUAUAUUUGACUUUAAGUCUUUUUUUCCAGUGGUAUCGUUAUGGUAUCGAGUAUCAUUAUAGCUGGUAUUGGUAUCGAAGCCAAAAUUCUGAACACUUAGUUUAUGAUCUAGCUAAUGAUUAGCACAUUGGGGUAGCCUAAACAAAUGCAGAUGGCAAACCCCAUACUUAAGCCAUCUAUAGCCUAGCCACUAUGCUAUUACAUCUGUUAGGCUACAUGAGAAUGCUAAUUGCUAAAAUAGCAUACCUGCCUGAGGCAUGUAGGCUAUAGCCUUUGAUGAAAGAGCCAGCCCUAAAAAUAUGGGAAUAUUAGCAGGUGUGUGGCACACGCAGACCUCCAUUUUUAUUACAUUGUUUUCAAAGUGGCAUUAAAGAUCUUAAGUCUCUUAAAUUCAACUUCAUGGAACCUGCAGAUACCCUGAAUACAAUCGGAUGCUAUAGGCCAUGCCAAAAUAUGUCUCUAAACAGGAUUUAAAAACCUCAGUGGUAUCUGCCUCUUACCGGAAAGGGUAAAUUACCUAUUCUAUAAUGACACUGCUGCUAACUAAAUUACAUACCUACUCAUUCAACAUAAAUCAAUGUGUCACUUUGGCUAUUAGUAAAGACCUAUAAAGACUGAACGUGGUAGGGUAAAACAAAGAAAAUGUUUACGUUGAUGGACGUACUAACUGAUAAAUGAACUAUUAAUGUUCUCCCUCUUUCAGGUCGUCCAAAGCGGAGAGGGGUGUCCAAAUGGCAGCAACAGUCCUCUCCUUAUAAGCGUGUAGUCAACUCAAGCUCAGACAGCGAAGGGGACAGUCACGCAGGCAGGGGGCGCAAGAGGGCCACAGACUGGAGUAACCUGCAGGGGAUCAUCAGUGAUGGAGCAGACAGCGACUGACAGGCUGUGCUCUUCUGGCCAUGAGGAUCAAGUUGCCUCCAGACUAGAGAUCUUUUGGACCUGUUCCGAAAUGGACCUGGGGCUUUCCCACCCGGACCCGAUAUGCAUAAAAAAUUGUUUUUAUAAUAAUUGAGACCCGUUCCGAACGGACC